CCCCGGACAGCGGGCCCUGAGCCCCGGAGAGCGGGUCCUGAGCCCGGGACAGCGGGAGCGGGUGGGCAGGGCCCGGGGAGACGCUCCGGCGGCGGCCGCGGGUCCCGCCAUGGCGGCGGACUCGGAGGUGCUGCACUUCCAGUUCGAGCAGCAGGGCGAUGCCGUGCUGCAGAAGAUGAACCUCCUGCGGCAGCAGAACCUCUUCUGCGACGUGUCCAUCUACAUCAACGACACGGAGUUCCAGGGGCACAAGGUGAUCUUCGCCGCCUGCUCCACCUUCAUGCGGGACCAGUUCCUGCUCAACCAGUCCCGGCAGGUGCGGAUCACCAUCCUGCAGAGCGCAGAGGUGGGCAGGAAGCUGCUGCUGUCCUGCUACACGGGCGCGCUGGAAGUCAAGAAGAAGGAGCUGCUGAAGUACCUGACGGCCGCGAGUUACCUGCAGAUGGUUCACAUCGUGGAGAAGUGCACCGAGGCUUUGUCCAAGUACUUGGAGAUCGAUGCUUCCAUGGAGAGCUGUGCCCAGGAUGCAGAGGGGUGCCACUCCUCAGAUGCUGAACUGAGGAAUGGGGAUGAGGCUUUAGAUAAAGACUGUGAAAUAAUUGAGAUUUCUGAAGACAGCCCAGAGAAUGAAGAAUACCCGGUGAAGCAGGAGGAGGGGGAUGGCUCACGGCCCAUGGCACAGAGCUUGGUGUCAGAAAGGAAGGACACAAAAUCCCCAGAAAUAUCAACAGUGGAAAUCGGGUAUAAGGAUGAUGAAAUCUGUAUCUUCAGAAUGGAUUCUGUGAGUGUAGCGAAUGUAGAAAAUGAUCAUUUUCCUCAGCCUUGCACUUCCUCUAAAACAAAUUUGUAUUUCCCAGAAACCCAGCACUCUUUGAUAAACUCCACAGUUGAAAGCAGAAAUACAGAAAUGUCAGGAAAUCACUUCCAGGCUUUUGUCAGUGACAACCCAGAAGGAACUUCUAGCGGGGUAAAUGGGUUCCAGAGCCUGGAGGAUUCUGGCAGCUCGUGGCGGCACCAGUGUCCCAAGUGUCCGAGGGGGUUCCUGCACCUCGAGAACUAUCUCAGACAUCUCAAAAUGCACAAACUCUUCCUGUGUUUGCAGUGCGGCAAAACGUUUACGCAGAAAAAGAAUCUCAACAGACACAUCCGGGGGCACAUGGGGAUCCGGCCCUUCCAGUGCAUGGUGUGCCUGAAGACCUUCACUGCCAAGAGCACACUCCAGGACCACCUCAACAUCCACAGCGGGGACAGGCCCUACAAGUGCCACUGCUGCGACAUGGACUUCAAACACAAAUCUGCUCUCAAAAAGCAUUUGACUUCUGUUCACGGGAGGAGCAGCAGCGAAAAACCAAACCUGAACACUAUUACAAAGGUUAAAAUAGACUAUGAUUGACAGCUGGGUGGCUGUGGAGUCAGGCUCCACAGAAAGCUCCUGGCUAGUGAAAUUCUAGAUGCAAUUCCAGCUCCAGAUCCCCAUGUAACAGAGAGAAGCACAAACAGGUGACUGGUGAUCCAAGACAGGCCUUGGGGCAGCAAACUUUGCUGUUCACUUAAGGUUGCUGUUGCUGUCAGUGAAAAAAAAAAGGUGUUUCCUAAUUGAAAGUAAACUGCAAAUGAUGGGAAAUUAUUUCACACUUCUCUUCUAUUAUUCUGAGCAUGUUCUGAUCCCCCCCAAUGAUAUUUUACAUUCCUGAUUUCAAGGGCAGGCACUGCUGACUUUCAAGCUAUUACUGAUACUGCAAUAAGCUGAAGCCUGAGCCAUGGUGUUGGUGACAACAGCUGAGGGAAGGGGAUGUUUGUGUUUAUUCAGUCCCAUCCAGUUCAUGGAUCAUUUAUGGUGAAAUCAUCUCCUUCCUUGCCCAAACUUUGCUAGAUCUUUCAACAGAAAGAAGGUGUGUUUUCAUACCCAAGUCUGUGAUGUUUAAGAAAGGAUACACAACAAAAACUUCCUUACAAGGAAGCUUUCAAAUCGCCUCUUGCAAAUAGAGAAUUGGUAAAAGAGAAGUAAACAAACAGUAUUGCCUUGCAGUUCAUUUAUAACUGGAUAGUCCCAUGAGAAGGACUUGCUUUUAGUUUAAGUUUUGAAUUUUUAUAAACUUUCUUAUAAUAGUGCUUUUUUUUGUCAUACCAGUGUUUUGCAUCUGUAUUUGAGUAAUUUCAAUUAAGUUUAGUCCUGUUUAUUGAGUUGUAACAUUUGCCCUCAUUUUUUACAGAUAUUGGAUACAUACACUCGUGAAAUUCAGCUGUGUGCUGUUGGGUAACCACAGUUUUAACAUUGAUUUUGAAAAUUAGCAACAGCUUAGACAUAGGGGUCUCAUACUCUGAUUCUGUGACACGGUAACACAGUAAAGAUGUGUGUUUGCAUAGGUGUGUUCGUGCUUUGUCAAAGCUCAUUUUGGUUUCAUUAUGAUCAUGGAGAGCCCUGUGAUGCAGAGUCUGUAUCCUGAAUGUGUCUUUGACUGGUACAUGUUUCUUCCACUUAAUGUGAUAUAAAUAAAGAGUUAAUUCAGUUGUUAAUAUGAGAUAAUGGUACUUACAAUUAGCAAAAAGCAGUAGUUCUUUCUCCUGUCUGUAUCACACUUUCCUUCAAGUUUCAGGAGUGCUGUUUUAAGUUCUUGCUCCGAGUCCAGACAUCUGGCCUGAGUGCUCCAGAAUCUGGCUGGUUCUAAAAUCCAAGAUAAUAGUUUUUAAUGUCAGUUCACAGGUUUCACUUUCCUCCCCUGUGUCUGUGACUGCACCAGCCACUGUUUGGGGUUUUACUGAUCAGCUGCAUGAGGGACUGGGUGUGUCCAAAGUCUGCCAUGCACUCUUCUGUUACUGCCUGUUACAGGCAUGGUCAGGUGUUCGUGUGGGUAUUUCCCUCCUGGGCACUUCCCUGUGUGCCAAAGGGGAAGCAGAUGCUGAUCUUUUGAGGUGCAUCUUCUGUGGGAGCAGAUUGCGAGUUAUUUUGGUCGUGCAUGUAAACAUGAGAGGGAGUUGUGUUGUGUGACAGGCCACCAGCAUGUUCUGUUCAGUGGCUGCAGUGUCUCAGUGACCUUUGUGAACAAACCCUGGUCUUGUGCACAUGUUCACAUUCAAGGUGUUUCCUCUCCCCUGUCUGUACAUGUAACAUGUCCUGUCAUAACACAAUAAACGAAAUGCAAACAAGGCAUUGUUUCA